UGUACACUGGUUCCAAAUACAAGCCGUAUCUUAUUAUGAGAUAAAAUAUUAUAGCAAAUAGACUCACAGAGCUCACCAAUAGUUGUACAAAAUCUUUUAGGACUUUCCUGCUGAUUCAUAAAGGAAAACCCAUGGAGAAUUAUGCAGAAUAUGUGGUUAUAUGCCAACACGAGGAGUUAUUUGCAUGGCAGAAACAGAACAGAGUCCACCAGGAUUUGCCUCAAGGUUUUUAAACAAUUUUCUUUGGUUUAAAAAGAUUCAAAGAAAAAGCUUGCUCAAUGGAUAGAUGUCACAAAUGGAUUAGGCUGACUUUGGGUCUUCUAGCUGUUCUGUCAGAUCCAGGGUUUGGCUCCUCCAUUAUAGAAGGCCCCAGAAACUUGACAGUUCUAGUUGGCUCCAUGGCCCGGUUUAACUGUACAGUGUCAGAAGGUUGGGGAGUCUUGAUAUGGCUUUUUGAUGGCAAUCCUCGGUUGACUCUAGUGAGUGAUGGAAAAUUUUAUGCCUCACCACGAUACAGUCAGCAAAAUUAUACAAAUGGUAACCUAUUUACGUCAGAGUUGAUGAUCACCGAUGUCCAACAGAAUGAUACUGGACAAAUUAAAUGCAGCAUUCAGAAUGAGGAAGACAAUAUGUAUGCAUAUCUUUUUGUACAAGUUAAUGGAUCCUUGACUAUCAAAGAUAGCAACUUCACAAUAAGAGAGAAUCAAACAAUUAAAGUCGUUUGUGAAGCUCUUGGAUGGGUUCCUGCCCCAUACAUUUUCUGGAUGGAAAACAAUAUUUCAUUAAAUAAUUCAAUGUACAUUACCAACCAAAGUCCAGGAUCAAAUGGCUUGUACAAUGAAGAGAGCAUCUUAACACUGACACCCAUGGCCAGUGUCAAUGUGACUUGCUUAGCUGCCAUAACCACACUCUCUAGACCUCAGAAUGCUACUGUGACUGUCACUGUGUAUCAACCUGCUCAAAAUGAACCUGGUAAUAAGCAAGACGGGCGAGUCCGAACUAUAAUUUUAGCAGUUGUGUUGUCAGUUGUUGGUUUACUCCUUGUGAUCUUCAUUAUUCUGCUUAUUAUAUGCUGCAAAAGAAGAAGAGAGCCAAAUUACCAAAAGGAGAUGAACAGAAAUUUAGCCCAAAAUAAAACCACUAAUAGAAAUUUAGAGACAAUGUCACAUGAUGGAAAUGAAAAUUAUGGCUACAAUCCAGAGGAGACAAUGUAUGAUACUGUGCAAAUGAGAGGAAAUGCCACUGUUAGACCUCGUUUUUAUGGCCCGAAUCAAGAUGCAAAUGUGACCCCUGUGUCAGAGGUCCAUUACGAUAGACAGCACGAUGAAGCACUUCCAUCAAGAACUACUGCUUACCCAGUUCAUCCAAGGAAAACCAGGAAUGUGACACUUGUAUAAGAAACUGUCACCGUAGCUGGGUAUCACAACUUCCAGACAAUCAUCAAUGUGUGUAUCUGAGAACCAGCAACUUGUUGAGGAACUUUAAGAAUUCAGAAAGACUGCUUUCUUUUCUUUUCUUUUAAAAAAACUGUUAUUUAAAACAAAAAAGCUUGCACUUUCUCCCCUUUAAGACAUUUAUUUUGCAUGAUGAAGAAUUCUGUGAAAGAUAAAUGUUUAUGCAUUAUACAUUAUACAUUCAAGUUGUUAGUUGGUGCAAUAGAAGAUUUAAUUUCAUUUUUCAUAUUCAUCCCAAAACCAUUCAUUUCACUUGAUUCAUUUAUACUGUAAUGUAAGGCCAAAUUUUAUUCUACAUAUAUUAUAUAUUUGCUUAUAAUAUAAGCAAUAUAAGGAGUAAAUAAUAUUUAUUAUAUCAUUUUUCUGGUUUGCAUAGAGUGGAUAGUACUGACACUGUAAGUAGAUCAAAUCAGGCACAUCCAGAGAUAAUCACAGCAGAAAAAUAACUGGAGUGGUGAACAGCUAUUAAGGCAUAAUGAAAUCAUGAUUUUUACUAAAGCUAACGUGAAUGCAUGAGGAUUUUUAAAAAUAUCUUUCUCAUUUUUAGCCGGCAUUGUACAAAUCUAUAGCACUUGUCAUCUCAAAUGCUUACUAUUAAUACCUCAGAUCUAGCAGAUAAUGUUUCAGCAAUUCAGCUAUACAAUGAUAUCACAAACAAUUGCUCUGAAGGAUGUCUGUUUGAUUCUAUUUUGAUUGUUUCAUUUAUGUAUGCUCCUCUUGCUCAACAGCUCCAUUUAAAAAAAAGUUCAAAGGCAGACUCAUUAAAAUCAAUAAAUUCCA